GUCCAGGUGAGGAUCUUUAUGAGCUGCUGCUCUUUGGACCUCAGACCAGAGUCAGUCCUGCUGUUAGAGAGACCAGAGACCAGGACCAGAGACCAGUUCUACUGCGGUCCCCCAGCAUGCCCUCUAAAUCCGGUCUCUCCAAGGCUUUCGCCGCCGCCUUCGUGGUUCUGACGGUGUCGGUGAUCUGCGCGACCGUUACCAUGGUGAUCCUGUACCAGGUCCAGAUGAAGGGGAUCAACCCCACACCCCGGCCCACGGCCCCGAACACCGCCGAGCCUCCUCCGCCGGUGCUGCGGCUGCCGCGGAGCCUGAUCCCGGACCACUACGACCUGGUCCUCCAGCCGCAGCUCUACACCCGGAUCAUCCAUGAGGUGAACGUCACGAGCCCGAACCAGACCCUGGUCUUCAACGGGACCUCCACGGUCCACUUCCGCUGCGUCCAGAAGACCAGCAGCAUCUUCAUGCACAGCCGGGACCUGGAGGUGUUCGGACCGGUCCUCAACGACACCGACACCAAGAAGUCUAUGCGGUCCAAGGUGAAGGUUCCGGACGAAGAGUCCGGGUUCCUGGAGCUGGAGCUGGACCAGAACCUGGAGGUCGGAGGGAACUACAGUCUGCGUCUGGAUUUCAGAGGACAGAUCUCCCAGAACCUGGAUGCGCUUUUUCUCAGCGAAUACCAGGAAAAACCGACAGAAGGAGAAGACUCCGGAACCGACAGGUGUCUUGCUGCCACUAAUCUGCAGCCGACGGACGCUCGGAGGUUGUUUCCUUGUUUCGAUGAACCCGACAUGAAAGCUACCUUUAACGUCAAAAUCAUCCACAGACGAGACACCACAGCUCUGUUCAACACCAAGAAGACAGUCUCCAAUUUGGAAAAUGAAGAUUGGAAAUACACUUGUUUUGAAACCACGCCGAAGAUGUCCACCUACCUGUUCGCCUUCACCGUGUCCGAGUUCACAUCGGAAGCCUCACACACCACCGGCAAACGAGUCACAAUACGGACAUUUGCUCGUCCUGAAGCCACAGAAGCAAAGCACACCUCCUACGCUUCCCAGAUCACUCCAAAGAUCCUGGAGUUCUAUGAGAGGCGCUUUGGAAUUGAUUAUCAACUGGGCGAACUCGACCAGAUUGCGUUGCCGGACUUGUACCCAGCAGCGAUGGAGAACUGGGGUCUGGUAACGUAUCAGGAGGGUCUCCUGCUGUAUGAAGAAGGCGUGUCGUCGCUGCUGCACAAGGAAGACGUCGCCGGCAUCAUCGCACACGAACUGGCUCAUCAGUGGUUUGGGAAUCUGGUGACGAUGAAGUGGUGGAACAACGUCUGGCUGAACGAAGGCUUCGCCACCUACAUGUCCCACUUUGCAGUGGACGCCGUUGAGCCGAUGUUCAGAAUGAAAGAGACCUCCAUCAUGAAAAACCUCCAUGCAGCGUUUGAGGAAGAUGCUUUGGCUUCCUCUCAUCCUCUCAUUCCUCCUCGGAAUGACAUCCACACAUCUGACGAGAUCAUUGGACUGUUUGACUCUAUAAGCUACAACAAAGGAUCGUUGAUGCUGAGGAUGCUGGCAGACGUCGUGGGAGAAUCAGUUUUCAACGAAGGAAUCAACAAUUACCUCGAGAAGUUCAAGUUCAGCAACACCGACCAGAACGACCUGUGGAGCUCCAUAGAAACGGUGAGACGUAACCAAUAUGGCCUCAGUGUUGAACAGCUGAUGACACCGUGGGUCAGUCAGAGUGGUUUUCCAGUCGUCACUAUCAACACGACCAACGGAGAAGUCUUCCAGAAACAGUUUCUGUACAACAACACUGCUGAGUCCAGGCUGAGCUGGAACGUCCCCAUCUGGGUCAUGUCCUACAUAUCUGAACCUUCUCUGGUGUGGCUGGAGGCUACCCUAGAAACUGUGGCCAAAGAAGAAUUCAUUGCGAAGGACGGCGAGUGGAUCCUGGCAAAUGUCAACUCUACCGGAUACUACAGAGUCAACUACAACCUGGAGAACUGGCAGCUCCUCCUGAAGGUGCUGGAGACCAACCGACAUCUGAUCCCUCUGAUGAACCGUGGCCAGCUGAUCGAUGACGCCUUUAACCUGGCCAGGGCCAAACUGAUCGACGUGACUCUGGCUCUGAACUCGACGUUGUUCCUCCGUAAUGAAAGAGAGUUUCUCCCCUGGGAGUCGGCAGUCACUAACCUGCACUACUUCGUCCUCAUGUUCGAUCGCUCCGAGGUCUACGGCCCCAUGCAGGAGUACCUGAGGAACCAGGUGGAGGGACUGUACAACUUCUACAGGAACUACACCAACAACUCCACGGUCCCUGAGGAUCACUCUGAGCAACACAACCAGGUCAACGCCAUCUGGAUGGCCUGUUCCAAUGGACUCCCUGAAUGCGUAGAAAUGGCUAAAAUGAAGUUUGCAGAGUGGAUGCAGCCCAACGGAACGAAUAACAUCCACCCCAACCUGCGCUCUGUGAUCUACUGCCAGGCGGUGGCUGCAGGGGGCAAGGCUGAGUGGGAGUUUGCCUGGGACCAGUACCUGAGCUCCAACGUCACGUCUGAGAAGGAUCAGCUGAGGGAAGCCCUGUCCUGCACCAGGAAGACCUGGCUGCUCAACAGAUACCUGGAGUACACUUUGGACCCGGACAAGAUCAGACUCAUGGACGUGGCCUCCACCAUCGACAGCAUCGCCAGUAACCCGGCGGGUCAGGCUCUGGCCUGGAACUUCAUCAGGGCUCACUGGGACUACAUCAAAGAGGGAGACACCCCGUUUUUGAUUGAAGGCGUCACCAGCAGAUUCUCCACACAGUUCGAGCUCGAUGAGUUGGAGCGUUUCGCAGCAGAUUAUGACCUGGGCUCGGCCGAUGGAGCGGCUCAGCGGGCCUUGGAACAAACCCGAGUGAACAUCGAGUGGGUGAAGGACAACAAAGACGUCGUCCUGCAGUGGUUCGAAGCUCAGACUGCUGCUGGAAACAAAUACUAGAACAUCAGCGGUUUUAGAGCCUCAGAGCUGCUGAAAAACCCCCAACAGCCGAGGGAAUGGAACUUUACCAGAGUAGUUGUUUUUUAUGGACCAAGGACUACAGAUGAAAAUGAGCAUGAGGCUAAAUCUGGUGCAGCCAUCUUUUUAAUGUAACUGCACACUGUCCUUUUUUUAAAUAAACUAAACUAAAGUUACAAACAGUAAUGAGAUUUUUCUCCCAGAUUGAGGAUUUUGCACAUAAUGGUCAUACAGCACACCUUAUCAACUCUUAGGAUUUCUAUAUUUAUAUUAAAAAAUCACAUUUACUUUGCAAAAUCCAGUUUUUCUUGCUGCUGUUGCCUCAAUACCAAAAAUGAUCUGAUAAUAUGCAUUGUAAUGGAUUAAUCUCGUAGCAACAAACUGAUUCUGGAUCAGUUCAUAUGGACCAGCGUCACCAGUGUUUGCACAGAAACAUGUUUAUAUUAUGUUUAUUAUAUAUGAUGUAAUCAAGGACCCAAAUUAUUGUUGUUACGCUGCUGAAAUUAUUUUUAAUAAUAAAAUACCACCGUUGUGUUGAA